GUCCCUGUUUCACAUUCAUAAUGUACAUUUGACAGCAGUCCUGCUACGCUCGUUUGUUUACCAUCAGAAUAUCAGUAGUGCCGCAGUGCCGCAAUAAAUAAUCGAUACCUGAAUCGCGCGAAAAACGAGUGAUAGCGGAUAUAAAACGGAUAUCACAAUGUCGGAUAGUGAUGUCGAGUUCGAUACAUCCAACGUGGAAAUUGAGGAACUGGAAGUAGAUGAGGUCGAUGAGUCGGCACUCGCCGAGUUCGUAGAACUGCAACAGCAGCACGUAAUGGUGCAUCCGGCUGGGCAUACCGCUCGUUCAACUUCAUCUGCCGGUUGGAAUUCUUCCGCCCAAUCGGAAUCGGAAACGGACGACGAAAAUGUACACCAGCGGGAAGUUUUAAUCAAAAAGCUUGUAGCUCGGGAAAUCAGUUUCUCCGAGUACCAGGCACGGAUGCAGCAAGAUGAUGAUUUGGACGACGAAGAUGCAGAUGUCGAUCAGAGUAUGAAGAAAAAAUCUUCCUUUUUCCAAGAUCUUAACAACUCGCGCCGAGAUAUUCUUAAAGGCAACUUCCAAGGUUCCACCAAAUCAGAAGGUAAAUCGGCUAUGCGACGUCAAAAACGUAGCCUGCCUACGGCACUCCAAGGUUUAAUGGGACAAGCGAACUUGUGCUAUGCUAGGGGUGACACAAAAACGGCAGAAGAUCUGUGUUUGGAAAUCAUCCGGCAGGUCCCUUUGGCUCACGAACCGUUCAUAACGCUGGCCCAGAUAAGCGAGAUGAAUGAUCCGGAAAAGUAUCUUCAAUACUCGCAAAUUGCUGCACAUUUGAAUCCUUCCGAUUCGGAGCAAUGGUUACAUGUAGCUGAAAUAUUUAUCGAACGCGGUAACGUGGAGCAAGCGCUUAAAUGUUACACCCGAGGCAUCAGAGCAAAUCCAAAACACAUAGACAUGCGCCUAAAACGUGCCCAGCUGAUGGAAACUAGGGACGAAAAGCAGGCAUUAAAAUAUUACUAUAAUAUGCUCCCGUUCAUCCCUAAAGAGCAAGCCGAUUUUCUCAUCAGUACUGCUAAACGAGUGGCCGAAAAAUUUCACAAAGAAUCCAACGUCGGUGCUGCACUUGAUGCAAUGCAGCGAGCAUACAGUACGGUACCGGAGAAAUUUAGCAUGGAAGACAUUAAUCUGCUGAUUGAAUUGCUAAUAGUCAACGGCCACUAUCGCCAGGCUCUGGACGUUCUUGCAAUGCAUGCAAACGUGGAGCUGAACAACUACGAACUCGGGGUUAGAGAGAAAUCUCAGAUGAGCUCAAAUUUCUCAAUCAUAAUUCCGGACGACAUAGUUCUGGAUCUUCGUACGAAACUAGCCGUAGUUCUGGUGCACUUAAAGUGUGAACAAUGUUUCGAUAAAGUCAUCGAUGAUAUUCUCGCUCACAUCGACCCAGAAAACGAUGGAGAUUGUUAUCUAGAUGUUGCUGAAGCGCUCAUGAAGGAAGAAUACUAUCGUCAUGCGUUGCGACUGCUAGUACCGUUGAUUAAAAGUAAAAAGUUUUCCCUAGCGGCGGUUUGGUUGCGCUACGCUGAUUGUUCCCGAUGGAUUGAAAGCUAUGAUGAGGCUAUUGAAGGAUACAGAAAGGUUGUUUCACUGGCACAUUACCUCGACGCAAGGUUGGCACUUGCAGCACUGCUGAAGAAAAAGGGCCAAUACGAUGAAGCAUUGCAGGCAUUAGAACAAGAUUCUGAAAAUGAAUACCUUGAUCCGGAGGUGCUCCAUGAGCGUUGCCUGCUGUUACAUGAAGUUGGUCGCUACCAAGAAUUUCUUGCGGCAGGUUUCAUGUUGCUCGCGAGGCAUUGUUACCAGAUUAAAAGGCGCCAGGAUAUAGCGAUUUUAUCACACGUGAAAUAUCACGAAAACAAAAGUCGGAUUCUUGGUGAAGGUAUACCGGAUUUCGUAACCGGGAACGAUUUAGCGCUUGAAACUGAAUGGGAUCUCGCACUCCGCUUAUUGACCGUGGCCGAUGAGCAACGCGAUUAUACCUACUACAUGAAGCUAGUGUUUACGUUGCAGACUUCUAAACGGUUUCACUGCUUUCGGCCGGAACUGCAGCAGCUUGCUUUAACAGCGUGCAUUUACAACCGGGAUCCAACCUUUGGAUUGAACAUUAUGCGAGAUCAAAUCCGACCCUUGUUCAACUUGAAAGGCGAUGCAUUUGAAGCGAAGAUCAAUCAUCCGCAGCUUUGGAAUUUGUUUAAUUUAAUUGUGUUCAUUAGUGGUGACGUGCGAUACCAGCGCUAUCUGUCGCGAAUUUUCUUCCGUUCGCCGAGAAUUGGAAUGUACCCAAAGGCACUGAUUGCCAAUUACCAUCUUAACUGUUCCACCUAUAAGUACGCCCUGAACGAAUACAAUAAAAUAUAUCUCGCCACGAAUGAUCCGAUGCAAGCGAUGAUGAUCGCCGUCACGUUAACACAGAUCGCCUGCCAAAAGUUCACUAGAAACAAACAACCGCUAAUCGCACAAGCGAACGUGUUCAUGGAAAAGUAUCUCGCUGGACGACCGGAAGAAUUGCGCCACGAAGCCUACUAUAACUUGGGCCGAAUGUAUCAUCAAUUGGGGCUGCUUCAUCUGGCAGUCGAUUACUACAAGCGGGUAUUGAGCUUCGACAGUCCGAUCGUUAGAGAAUAUCCGCAGUAUCUGGAUUUGAAAGCUGAGGCUGCUUUUAAUUUGAGUUUCAUCUACAAACAUAGUGGCAAUUAUGAACUGGCUCGUAAAUAUCUUCAUGAGUAUAUACAAGUGUAAAAUAAACAGUAGUCGAUAUAAAUUUUAAAUCGAUUUAGAUUUUAAAAUUUGACAGCUCAGUAGCACAAAACUAAUAAGUUUUAAAAUUUGGUUCAAAGGCCUUCUAAUUAUAUCUUAAAAUUUUUUAAAUUAAUGUUUGUUAAUGUUUUCCGUUAAACAAUCAUCCAAAACGCGGGAUACAUUAGCAGCAAAGAGGAAAUGAAUUGAAAUUACAUAGGGAUCCGACAUACACGGAAAUCGGAGAUACGCGGAUUUUACUCGAUUUGUACAAUCCGUUUUAAUAGUGUAUCUCGUGGGCUACCUGUACUUAUUAUCAGGUUAUACUUUUCACUUGAUGUCAUCUACAUAAAAAAACGCACAUUAGAACAUCAAACAAUUAUUCGCGGAAUAGCUAACUCGGACAAAGAGCUUCCCCGUGUUCCCUCAAAACGUCUGUAAUUUCGGAUGAAUUAAGAGUUAUUUAACACUGCAGUAAGUACAUGUUAUUGGUUUUAUUGAAUGUUUUAAAAUAUUAACACUUUAAUUAUCUAGCAAAUGAAUCACUCCGUUAGUUAUGGAUGCUAUUGAAUGCUAUUUUAUUUUCAAGGCAAUAUUUGCUUUUGAAAUUUCACUCUGAAUUGUCAUGUUCGACAAAGCUCUUGUUCAUAUAAUUUGUUUUUGAUUUCACUUAAUUCAUUU